UGUAUAUACAUUAAUUCUCUUGAUUUAUGUAUUUUAGUAUGUAAUAUUUAAACAAAAAAGAUGGCACAGACAUCAGAUGAGGUUAAUCCUGUACCCAACUUGGCAUUGCAAUCAAUAAUAAGACCUGCUUUAUCAUCAUUAGGCAAUGAUCGAAAUACACAGCAAGAUUUUAAAAAUUCUAUACAUCAAUUAAUUCGAGCAUUUGAGUUAGCGGAAGAUGCCAUACCUGGAAUAAGCCAGGAGAUUUUAGCAGGAAUACUACGGGCUGAUGGUUAUUCAAUGAAUAUCAAUGAAAUUCUAUUGCGUUGCUCAUACACAGAUACUGACGACUUUCAGAUUGAAAGAGAAGAACCAGAAUUUUUGAAGUUAGAAAAGAAAGCAAACGAACUAAAAGCCAUCCUUGGUAAGAUUCCUGAAGAAAUCCAAGACCGGUCGAAAUUUUUACAGACAAUAAAAGACAUUGCAAGUGCAAUAAGAGAACUGUUGGACUCUGUUAACCAAGUUUUAAAGACAUACCAGGAUCAAGGUAGAAUAAAAGAAUAUAGGAAGACACUAGAACAAAAUAAGCGCGAAUUUGUAAAGUAUUCAAAAAGUUUCAGUGAUACAUUAAAGCAGUAUUUCAAAGAUUUGAAACAAGAUAGUGUGUUUCUCAGCGCCAACUGUUUGAUCAACCAAACGAACAAUAUUCUAAUUGUUUUCCGAAUGGUGGGAAAAGACAAGUAAAUCCUGCACAACACCACACCAUAAAGAUUGAUAAAUCUGACUCUCUUAUUGUAAUUUUUGCGGCAAUGAAAAAUAAUACUGCACAAAUCUGCACGCGUAUGUAACUAUGACAACGUAAUUAUUUGUAUAUGUAAAUACAUGUUUACCAUAA